AAUUACAAAACGGGUUAUAUGUCGGUCCCACACACCUCCUGUUGAUCCAUGUUAGCUGCAGAACAUUUCAAAUCUGCUGUUUAAGAGACAGGUCACCUGCAGCCAUGGAGUGGGCUCACGUUUUGGGGAGACUUCUUGUCUUGGUGUCUGUUGGAAGUUUCACCUCAGGCCAGUUCAUGAGUUACGACUCUGAUGCCAUGGACACUAUGCAGGAUAUGGCGGAGGACAGACGUACGUACAUGAUGUAUCAGAGGCUAUACGGCGGGACAGGUGCCAAGUACAAUACUCGGUCUUCCUACGCCACACAACAACGUCCCACAUAUCAGAACAACUACCAAUCAUACGGAGGAAACACCAAAGCGUACGGAGGAAACACCAAUGCGUAUGGAGGAAAUACCAAUGCGUAUAGAGGAAAUACCAAUGCGUACGGAGGAAAUAUCAAUGCGUACGGAGGAAACACCAAUGCGUACGGAGGAAAUACCAAUGCGUACGGAGGAAACGCAUACCGGCAGAAUACCCAACAACGACCAUGGAAUUAUCAACAAAACGGGGGACAUAAUAUGAAUAAUCAGAACAGAGGGCCCUACCAACGUCCCCAGAAUUCUCAGUCUUUGAACACAAAUAAUGGUGCUAAUUCACAACCUUCGAAGUCUCCAGUUCCCGCACAGGACAAUUUCUUACAGAAAACCCAAGGCGGUUCUUUUCAACAAGGCUUGGUGAACGCGCAAGGCCAUCAACAACAAGCUUCCACUAUUAGGACGAAUCGCCAGCCAUCUUUUCAGUCCUACAACAACAACAACAACAACCAACAGAGCCAGCAUCGACAGCAAAUCCAAACUAAGUGUUCCCAGGUAACGCUAGACAGAUCUAGUGGGAGACCUGCUGUGAACUUUCCAGGGGCAGUCAGCAGCAUCACCCUCAUGCAACAAACAAGAUGGAGUCAGUGCACCCCUGCCUCCUAUGGCUUCAUCGGAAGAUAUGCUUAUGUUGGAAAUCGCUGUUCGGGGCAGUUCAACGUGUGUUAUCAAUAAGCAGAAAUAACGUGUACACUGGCAUUUUGAACUCAUUCUACAUGCUUCAGCAUCUCAUAGUUGCCAGUCCUUGCCAUUGCAUCGUGCAUAUGAUGAAGCACAACUGUAGGUAACACAGCGCAACGCCACGCAUGUAGCUUUCCAUUCUGUAUCCGUUGGCAAAAUAAAGGCACUUGACGGCUUCA